UCGCCUAAAAUCAGCUUGCUGAAUGACAGCUUUCUUCUAGUUGAAUAAAAAUGAGCAUUUCCCCCUCCCCCCCUUUCACCAUUUCCUUCAGCUUAUUGAAGCAGUGAAGGGCAGUGGUGGACGAUUGCCCAUUUCCUAGCUUGGAGGGAAUGAAAUUGAUCCAGGAGGUGAACAAACAAUACAGACAACUGAAGGUGGAAACCCCAAAUCCCUCUUAGAGUUGAGUACCCCAAAGAAGGAAGUACUAGUGGGCUAAGGGCCUAUGUUUGACUUUUAAAAUGAGAAGCCAUCGUCCUGAUCCUCCUAAUUUAUGAAAAUAGAAAAUCCAUUGCAGUGUGACUAGGAGAUCUGGACAGACGGUAGUCUGUUGCUCCCUGCCUUUUCUUUAUACGUUUCUGUAACUCGGAACAGCAAAGAAUCACAGAUUCCCCCGAAUAUUUUGGGCAUGGAUUUAGCUGUUGUUACAAAAUACUCAGCGUUAUACAGCAAGCCCAGUGGACUCAUUCUUCAGUAUGGGACUGCUGGGUUUCGAACAAAAGCAGAACACCUUGACCAUGUCAUGUUUCGCAUGGGGGUACUAGCUGUUCUAAGGUCAAAGCAGACAAAAUCUACAAUAGGAGUUAUGGUAACGGCAUCACACAAUCCUGAGGAAGACAAUGGUGUCAAAUUGAUUGAUCCUUUGGGAGACAUGUUAGCACCAUCCUGGGAGGAACAUGCUAACUGUUUGACAAACGCUGAUGAACAGGAUAUGCUGAGAGUGCUGAUGGACAUCAGCCAGAGAGAAGCCGUGAAUCUGCAACAAGAUGCCUUCAUAGUGAUUGGUAGAGAUACCAGGCCCAGCAGUGAAAAACUUUCACAGUCUGUAAUUGAUGGUGUCACAGUUUUAGGAGGUCAAUUUCAUGAUUACGGCUUGUUAACAACCCCUCAGCUGCAUUACAUGGUGUGUUGUCGAAAUACUAAUGGCCAGUAUGGAAAGGCGACCAUAGAAGGUUACUACCAGAAGCUCUCUGAUGCCUUCAUGGAACUUAGCAAACAGGCUUCGUGUAUUGGACAUGAAUAUAAAUCACUUAAGGUUGACUGUGCAAAUGGCAUUGGGGCCCUGAAGUUAAGAGAAAUGGAGCACUACCUAUCUCCGGGGCUAUCGCUUCAGUUAUUUAAUGAUGGAACCAAAGGGAAACUCAACUAUCUGUGUGGGGCAGACUUUGUGAAGAGUUAUCAGAAACCUCCAAUGGGAAUGGAAAUGAAGUCCAAUGAAAGAUGCUGCUCUCUUGAUGGCGAUGCUGACAGAAUUGUUUAUUACUACUAUGAUGUAGAAGGCUGCUUUCAUCUCAUAGAUGGAGACAAGAUAGCAACGCUAAUUAGCAGUUUCCUUAAAGAGCUCUUAUUGGAGAUUGGACAAAGCUUGAAUAUUGGUGUUGUACAAACUGCAUACGCAAAUGGGAGUUCAACAAGGUAUCUUGAAGAAGUAAUGAAGGUACCUGUCUAUUGUGCUAAAACGGGUGUAAAACAUUUGCAUCACAAAGCACAAGAGUUUGACAUUGGAGUUUAUUUUGAAGCAAAUGGACAUGGAACAGUACUUUUUAGUAAAGGUGCUGAAGCAAAGAUAAGACAACUAGCAAAGGAGCUAGAAGAUAAGGAAAAGAAAGCUGCUAAGAUGCUUGAAAACAUCAUCGACUUGUUUAAUCAGGCAGCUGGUGAUGCUAUUUCUGACAUGCUGGUGAUUGAGGCGAUCUUGGCCCUGAAGGGUUUGACUGUACAACAGUGGGAUGCUCUCUAUACAGAUCUUCCAAACAGACAGAUCAAAGUUAAGGUUGCAGACAGGCAAGUUAUUAGUACUACAGAUGCUGAGAGACGAGCAGUUACACCCCCAGGACUACAGGAAGCAAUCAAUGACCUGGUGAAGAAGUACAAGCUUUCCCGAGCUUUUGUCAGGCCUUCAGGCACAGAAGAUGUGGUUAGAGUAUAUGCAGAAGCAGACUCACAGGAAAGUGCAGAUAGCCUUGCACAUGAAGUGGGUUUGGCAGUCUUUCAGUUGGCUGGAGGAAUUGGAGAAGUACCUCGACCAGGUUUCUGAAGACAAAAUUUGCAUUUUUGAAAAACUUUUUUUUCAAGUGUUGCCAUUAUUGUGAGCAGUUCACACAGAUUUGUAAUCAUGAUGUUUACAGUCAGUGCACCUUACUGCAUGGUUCUGUUUUUCAUAGACACUACCAGAAUAAUUCUUUAGGAGUAGGUCUGUCUUAAAAAUGAAAUUUAUGUCUAUUUUUAAUUUCACUAAUGUAAAAUAUUGGGAAAUUGACGUCUGUUUUUAAUCUCACUAAUGUAAAAUAUUGGGGCUUAAGUAAAUGAUUUAACAAGUUUGUAAUAUGUAUGCAAAAAAAUUCAUGAGAGUUGCUAGAAAAUUAAAUCUUAUUUAUUACUAA